CCGACUGGGUGAUGACGUGUAACCUAUUUAAGGGCAGCUGGCAACCCAAUGCUACGCAGGACCCACACCUUGAAGUCGUGUUGCCUGUGUUAUCCAAGCGAUGCCGCACUCUUUGUGCAAAGAGGGGCGCACCACGUCGGUAUGCUAAUGAAAAGCAAAAAGUGGAGCGCGAGUUGAAGUCCAUAUCGCAGACUCUGAGUGUUGAUCUACUCCGACACAUAUGUUGUGUCUUCUUCGAUGCAUAUUUUGAACACGGGCACUCAACGACACGUCAAGCGAGCCGCAUUGAAUACGACAGAGGUAGAAGCUCUCCAAGCGAAACUCGAUGCAACAGUGGAUGAGGAUGAGCAGCGAGCACUGGAGGAAGACGUGACAGGCAAGAUCUUGUGGCUGUGUUGGUGCGGGAUAUGUGCAGAAGUAGACCAACUGUUACCAAAGGUUGUGGAUUACAUUCGGAGAGAGGGAAAUAUGAAGGGUUUACCGGAAAUUUAUUUUGCUAUGCGUUCAACAGACCCAGGUGAUGAUCAAGCUCACUCGCAGCGGAUCAUGCUUGACGCAGGAGCAAGCACGUCGAAACAUCAGUUGUGGCUUGCCGCUCGGGCAGCAGAGCAAGCCAAGUGGUCUUGGGAUACCCCCGCUGUGGACGACCCGGGUUCUGUUCCGAGUACAAGCAAUCAACCCCCCUCCGCAUCAGUGGUUUAGCAAACUUGGAUGUCGUGUAACCGUCACCCGAAGGGGUGGGGGUGAUGAUGGUAAAUAUGUCAGUUUAGUUUUCGAUCGGACAAAUUCAACUCGUUGACGAGUG